CCACAGUCCAGAGUGCAGCAGUAUAUCAGCAAAGUGCUUUAUUUGUAGCCUUUCUCGUUCCCCUACCAACCAGAACCAGAACCAGAACCAGAACCAGAGAGCCAGAAAGCCAGAAAGCCAGAGAGGCACAAGCACAACCCCAGGCCCAGGCCCAGCCUAGGCUAACAACACACUUGUCCACCUCCCUCCAAUCAAAAUAUCCGCCAUUUCAAAACCCCACUACACUUCUCCUUCUCUUUCCAGUUUCGCCCCCCUACUACCUCCUUAACAUUAACAUUAACAUUAAUGCUGUUCCUCUUAUAGACUUCGUCAUAUAUAUUCUUCUUCUUCUUCUUAUUAUUGUUGUUGUUGUUGUUGUUGUUUGGUAGCUAACAAAUGGCGCAGAAAAAGAAACACCUUCGUGAGCUUUUGAGAGAAGAGCAGGAGCCAUUCCUUUUGAAAAGCUUCAUCCAAGAACGCCGGGUACUGCUACGGAGACGACCACCGUCACCCAAGAAAAGUAGCACAACCGCACUCGUUCCUUCAACUCCAACUAACGCUAAAACCCCUCUCUUUCUCCCUUCCAACUCCAAAACACCAUCCCUUUUCAGUCUUGCAGCGAAGAAGACUCCUGCCUCCUCCUCCUCCUCCACUGCUAUCAAUCCAACUGCUUACUUUAUAUUGGAAGCGGCUCUCAGGAUUCAAGAGAAGCAGAGCAUGAACCAUUCCAGAAGGUCCAUCAGAGGUCUUGGCAUUGGCUUCUUUGGAUCGGUUUUGAAGAGAUUAGUGUCGUUUAGGAAACCUAGACGUGAGAUUCAGGCCAGAGAUGCCACUCUUUCCAUCAAGGAUAUCAAGGUCUGGGAUUCCCCGCACGCCGGAGACUGCCGGAAAAGGAUUCAGGUAACUCACUGCCUUGAAAAGCGCCGCUCCGCUUCUCACGGAGAUGGAAAUCAUGGGAUGGAGAAGAACGAGCUGGUUGAAGACAAGAGCUUCUGCUUCUCGUCCUCGGAGGACGGGAGAGGAGGAACAUCCUCUUGCUCAGACGAGAACCGAUCGCCGGAGUUUGAGUCUCCGGCGGCCUCUCCCACCCGCCGGAAACCAGAGGGACAGCUGGUUAGUGGCACGGGGCCAGAGGAAGAGUACGACGAGGAGCAGCGGCAGGAGAAAGAGCAACAGUUGAGCCCCGUCUCAGUGCUGGAUCUGGACCCCACUUUGGAGGAGGAGGAGGAGGACCACCUGGAAAGACACGUGGACUCAUACGAGCGAAGUCUGGCAAUUGUUCAAAGAGCAAAGCAGCAGCUUAUGCACCACCUUCGAAGGUUUCAGAGGUUGACCAGCUUGGAUCCUAUUGAACUGGACCGGCUCUUGGCUGAGGAUGAACUUGAUGAUGCUGAUUAUGAUCUAAAUAAUUCAGACUCACAUAUCAUGUUGCACACCCAUAACCAACGUUCUCAAUUAGCAGAAGAAGAAGAAGAAGAAGAAGAAGAAGAAGAAGAAGAAGAAGCAUGUUCAUGUUCAUGUUCAUGUUCUCCUUCUUGCAUAGAGAAUAGCCGGAUGGACAUGAAGAAGCUGACUAUGGACCUAAUUGAUGAGGAGAAGUACACAACAGAGAAGUUUGGCGAGGAGGAAGAACAAGUGUUGUUGGAGAAGGUGCGCCAGAGAUUUGAGUCAUGGAAAGAGGUUGAAUCUAACACUAUCGACAUGAUGGUUAGCUUGGAUCUCAGACAUGAGACACAAGGUUGGGGCGGGCCUUGCAAGGAACAAAUGUUAGAGAUUGCAACUUUACUUGAAGCUGCCAUUUUUGAGCUGCUAAUCUUUGAGUUCUCUGAUGAACUUACUAAUUAUGAUCAUCAUUAUCAACAUCAUCAUCAUCAUCAUCAUCAUCAGCAGCAACAGCAACAACAACUACUAGUUGUAGUCUCAUAAUCUUAGUCUAAACUAGAUGCAUGAUGCCUUUAUUUCAAGUGAGCCAUGCAGUGGUCAUGAUCACCUACUUCAUGGUUAGGUCUUACAAAAGAUAGCAAGCAGUAUCCUAAUACUAAUUACCUUUGAGUCAGUGAGUACCUGGAUCGUUUGUGUGAGUACGUUGUCACAUGGCUAUCUGAAAUUUUGCCGGUGUUACAGUCGGACUGUAACAGAGGACUGCACGGAGCAGUUGUAUGUGAUUUCAUGUACAUUCAUGGACCUGUCUUCUUUCUCUAGUGAAUGUUUUCUUGCGCCAAGUUCAUCCCCCCAGAACAACUUCUAUUAUAAGUCCAAUUCCAUUUAGCUUUUUUACCGUGCUA